AGUGCCUCCCGGUUAUGUGUACCAAUCGCCGUACCUGAGCCCCGCAGCGGCUGGUAUUGUACCCCUGCAAGCGACGCAACUAUCGCACGCGGCGGCCGUGGCAGCAGCGGCCGCUUCUGCUACGCAGUUCUACGAAUAUCAACAGGCUGCAGCUGCAGCAGCAGCUCAAUAUCCACAACAGUAUGCAGUAGCGGCACAAGCAGCUCAGCAGCAAGCAGCUGCUGUUAAUGGAUUCGAGACAUAUCCUUACACUAGCGUCGCGGCUGCCGCAGCAGGUGCUGCAGCCAGCGGUUACAUGAGCCCGUACACCUACGCGGCUCUGCCUGGCAGCGGCGCUGCUGGAUUUCCAGGACUCUCGCCAUAUCAAGCAGCGACUCAGCCGGCACUUCAAGAAGCUAGGCUGCCAGGUGUCUAAUAUUUGAUUGAAUUAAAGACUAGGCUAGUUUGUGUCUGUGCGAUUGUGACAUUGCUAUCAUUUCAAUAAGCUAAUAAGAAAUUACCAUUAUGAGACAUGAUAUUUAAAGAUAGUUUUAAAAUAUGUAUAAUUUGUUACGAAGUGUGCUGAGUAUUAUUAUUCUCAUUAACAUAUUUUAUAUCGACAAAUGAGGAUAAAAUGGUGUAAAUCUCGCUUUUCCGUUCAUUUGUAUGUUUCAUAUAAUGGUGAAUUGUUGUAUGCUAAUUGAUAUUAUUUAU